AGAAUAAUGUUCUGACAUUAAAUCAUCCCAAUCGAAACAAACAAGAUCAAUUUCUUAUUAUAAUUCCUCCAUGUGAUUUUAUGCGCAGAAUCAAAUACAUUUUACGAUCUUUAGGCAAUUUUCCAAAGUGUUGGGUURCCUGUGUUCAUCAGUCUAUCUCAUAGUUUACUGAAACUCCGGAUGCACGUAAGGUAUCACAAAGCAAACUUAAAACCUUGAAAAUUGCUUUUUUAUUACACAAGAAACACUCAGGAAAUUGCAUAAAAACAUCGUUAUACAAAACGUGUUAAAAAGAAAACAAUCUGAGCUUGCUAAAAGGUUCUUUUGUGAAAAUACUCCACUCAACUCUGGCGCGCAGACAUGGCUGACUUUAAUUCAAGUCUUUUCAAUUCAACACGUCCAGUAAGCACGGCGUCUACUGAUGCAUGCUACAAUCUACUUUCCAAGAACUUAGAAUUAAGAAUGUUUAUUCUAAUCGUCUGCAUAAUGGUAAUCCUAGUUGGUUUAACAGGGAAUGCUUUGAUUGUUUACAUAAUCGUCAAGAACAAACCGAUGAGGGCAUCGACCAACUUCUUUCUGAUCAACAUGGCUGUAUGUGACAUUGGAGUUGUUUGCUUUAUGGUUCCUAAAAAAGCCUCUGAGGUAUUAACAGAUCACUUAGGCUGGCUCGUACCGGGCUUUACUGGGCGGGUCCUCUGCAAGCUUGUACCAUUUCUKCAUGACGUUUUCUCAGAGGGCUCAACAUACAGCCUUCUACUUAUAACACUAGAUCGAUUCAUUGCUGUUGUGCUUCCGCAYAAGCGUUGGCUUUCCUCAAAGUUUAUUGUGCUUGUUAUAAUUUCAUGCGCAUGGGUYGCRUCAUUCUCGGUAAACGCCGUUAUUCUCAAAACGGUUCGUCUUGUCCGCUUCAAUUCAAAGAUCUACUGCAUGUCGAUCUGGGAUUCAAGUCGCGAGGAAUUCCUAGCUUAUGUAUUCACAAUGAUAACAAUUCAUUUUAUUUUUCCGAUUAUUUUCAUCCCAACAGCCUAUACAGCCAUAUUUCGUAAGCUAAAAUUACAGUUUGCUGCCUCGAGGAAUUCAAUCUCGAACCAAAACCAGAUUCACGAUUUACUUCGUCAAAGGAAGAUCGUCAACAUGGCCUUCGCUAUCGUAUGCGGYUUUGCAAUUUGCUGGACUCCUCUUGCGCUUCAAGGAAUUCUUCGAUUUACUGUGUUUUUAGACCAAGCGGUCCUCCCUUGCCCCUUCAGACGUUUCCAAGACGCUUCGCAUUAUUUCUUGCUUUUUAUUGCUGUUACAAACCCCGUCAUAUGUUUCACCUUUGGGACGGUGUUCAAAGAAAACUUAAAACGACUCUAUCGGCGGCUUUGUGGAUGUGGCAGGAGGCGUGCUAGCGUAGCCAACACAGACAUUGAACUGAACAUUGACAGAGUUGAGGAACCGGAGUAGACGUUUCUUGCAGUUGUGAUCUAUUGGGUACAACCUAUGCCUUCUGAUCCUGAUCCCUGUAGCGCAUCAAAUUUGCUCAACCGGGUAAAAAUUAAAAAGAUCCUUUGAUUAAUACACGGCCAAACUAUAGGAACGGUAUUGCAACAACACCAUAAAAAUCUUUCUAUAGUAACUGUGGCCAAUGGCGAGCCCUUGAGACACCCCUUGAACAAAGUAUUGAAAUCCUCCAUUACCGGUAACGGCGAAAACUUCGAUAAGGAUUUUCUGAUAAAUAAAGGAUAAAACAUUAUAAUGAUAAACGACAUUUUGUAUAAUAUAAAAAAAGAAAUCUGAUUUCUACAGUUAUAAAGCGGUUUAUCAAAUGUCACUUCAUUGAAUCAUAGUUUUAUUCAAAUCCUGUACGGAUGUAACAAARUAAUAGCGAAUGGACCAAUGCAUUUUGGCUUUCAGAGUUAAGCUAUAGAAUUGUAGCCUUUCGGAAAGAGUAUUUGGUGAGAAACAAAAGUAUAUAUGCAUUUUAUUAUCGCCAAACACUAUAAAAACCCAUUAUUAGAUAAAUUGAAGUAGCUGAGACUGUGUAAAUAGAGAUAAUAUCACCUAUUUGCAGUGAACACAGCGAAAACUAUAAUGAUUUGUUUGAUAUAAAAGAAAAAUCAAACAAAUAUCAGUAAAGCGCUUCAGUUGAAUGAGAUGCUUUUCCUAUUUGACUAUUAAUAAACUAAGUUUAAUGUCCAUAAUUUGAUCCAUGCCUUCUGCUCRCUAGAAAAUUGAAGAGCCAUCGGGAGUUUCAGUGA